AUGUCUGACCGCGAUCCAGUCCUCCACGGUCCGUACUCUCCACAGUACAUGAUGAACCCUACGGCCAACAACUUCGCUCCAACCCGUCCUCAGCAAAACGGUACGGCCAGCCAGGUGAGCAGCCCUUCCUCGUCAUACCUGGAGGCACGGGUUCUCAAUUUGGAGGAGGGACAUGCAAGCUUGCUCGAGGAUGUCAAUGGUCUCCGAGAACUGUACCACGGCCUCUCCUUCUCCGUCGACAAGCCAAAGAAAGGCGGUUGGCCAGUACAUGUUGGCCCGUUUCAAGAAGUGGACGCAAAGACAUCACACCAGGAUGCUGUACGACUCCGGGCAGAGUUGGAAAGCCUCAAAGACGAGGUACACGCAUCUGUGAAGGGCAGCGCUGACGUGCAAAAGGCGAAUGAUAUUGCCUCCUCCAAGACGAAUGGCAGUACGCCUCCCCAUCUCAGAGCUGCUAGUGUGACCAGUGGCGGUACAGUCAAGAGUUCGCUGCCUCCACAUUUGCGUGGCAAGAAAGCCGAACCCAGCAAUGACGGCAGUACUAAAGAACAGGUCGUGGCCCGCAAUUCUAAGAACCAUGUCACUAGCAACGUUCAGACUGAUGUAGCAGUCAAGCAGAUUCCUAUGCCAGCGCCAACUCCGCCUGUCUCACCAAAGACUGUUGGUCAGGAUCAAGCAUUGUCUCUCGAACGCAUUUCCUUGAACCGAGCUUGGAAGCCCUACCAUCUUACAACUCUGGACGCUUUUUCAGGUCCAAUUCUUCCAGGCGACACUACCUUCACAUUCCAUCCUGACUUCCUUGCCAACAUCCUUGGCGGAUCUUCUUGGUCACCGGGCCUACGCUUCGUCAAAGGCAAGGGUCCAUGUAUCCUCAAGAACCGCACGUACUACCAGCUAGACCCGCAGAACGAACCAUACCUUCCCGAGGCGCCUGGAGACCAUGGUGCAAAGCUCACUGCCUUCUUCAAUAAGGCUCCAGAGGAAGAGUUUGCGGAUCUACUUGAUGACGACUCAAACUCAUACGAGAACGUACCCAUGUUUGUUCUGACACGAUGGUCUGAUAAGUUGGACUACGACACCAUGACAGCUAGAGUACCUCAGCACGUCAAGAACUACUGGGCUGAGGAGCUCACGUCGACAACGCGCGAAGAGUGGGUUACCGAAGAGCUCAAAAAGCAUUUCUUUCGCAAGCCCGAGUACGAAGGCCGUCUUUCUGCUGCCCUAGACCACGAAACCACUAUCGAUUCUCAUGCAGAGAUCGCACUAACCGAGAAGAUGACCAAAGACGUGCGCAAGUACGUGGAACAACUUCGCGAGUGGGAGCGUGAGGCCAAUAUGAAGACCGCCAUGAUCAAAAAGCAGUCUAUUCUCAAGGCUUUCGAUGCGUCUGAUAUGGAUGAAGAACCUGCACUUCGCCUCUGGUGGGAAUACCUUGAGUGUGUCGACUGGAGGAAGGACUUCUACGAUCUCCUUGUUACACUUCAAGGGCGCAACCCUGGAAGCUAUUUACAGUAG